UUGAUAGUUAUUAUCGUGUAAAGUCAAUUUGAAGCAGGGAGCGCGAAUACUAUUGAAAUAAAAUUAGUGAAGCAAGUAUACCUACUGAUUAAUAUUAUACUAAACGUCCAUGCCUGGUUGGAGUUUACACAGCAGUGCGAAAGAGACAUGGCUGGCGUUACGAAUAAGCUAAGAGCAAAGUUAUUAGUUAUCUGACGACCAUGCAAGCUAACUUAUUAUUGUAACGUCAACGCUGUUUUGCUAUCGCUAGCUGCUAGUUAGCUGUGGUUACCCAUGAGAUCUGUCAGCAUAUACAGUUGGUAACAUACCUGACUUCUCGUGGGUGCAUAGUGCAUUAGACAACAGUGAGUUGGAUAAUAAAGUUAGUUAAUUCAAUAACGUUAGCUACUCCGUCCUCUAACGGCUGUUGUCGGUGUUGGUAGGUCAGACUACGCCUCAGCGUUGUUUGUCGUCGCAGAGGAGAAAUGGAGGAGCGGGAACUAUCAGAGUGGGAUGACAUUAAUAAACUCCUGCAGCGACAUGGCUUUAAACCGGUUCAGUUUGCUGAUCCUGUGGAGAAUAAGAACCUAUCAGAUUUGGUUCUUCUGGAGAAGAAGGCGGCCGGUGACAUCCGGACCAUGUUGCGGACCAUGCUGACUGACUCGGACAGGAGACAGGCCCUUAUUCAGGAGCUCAUCCAGUCCAACAGCCAGCUUAAAGAGGAGGUCCAGCAGUACCAGAGCCGUGCAGCACGGCAUUCCCAACGGGCCUUGGAGCUGGAGGGAAUUCUGGACGGCGUGAAGGCCAAAGUGCAGGACCUGGAGGACCGUUACAUCAGCAAAGCUGCCCAGCAGCACAGUGUCUUCCAGCAGCUGCAGCAGCACAAGACGGAGGCCGAGAGUCGGAGUGAGGCCCUGGAGCAGAAGCUGUCCCGGGAGAGCCAGCAGGUGGAGCAGCUGCAGAGGAAGCUCUACUACGCUGUGAAGGAGGAGGAGCGCAGGGUGGAGCGCCAGAACCACGCCUUCCAGCAGAUCCACAAGAGGACCGCCAGAACACACUCCCCCACUGACCAGCAGAUCCUUGACGUCAUUGAUGUCUAUGAGUCCCAAAUGGAACAAAUGCGGAAUGAACUGAAGACCCUUAGGGAGCCUGGAGAGAGUGACUCCUCAAAUGGGCGGCCUGAGAGGACCUCCUCAGACAACUCUACAAACCGCAAAGCCUCAGAUAGCGCUACAAACCACAAAGCCUCAGAUAGCUCUACAAACCACAAAGCCUUACUCAAGUCGUACCAGGAGCAGCUGAGGGACACUAAGGUCCAGCGGGAGGAGCUGAGGAGGGAGAUCCAGCAGCUGAAGCAGGACCUGGACUCAAGGCCCACGGUGAAGGAGCUGAAGACAUAUAAGCAGCAGCUGAGGAGGAUGGAUCGGAUCAUCCAGCAGACUAACCUCAAGUCUGCUCCUGAGCCUAAGACUGAGGAGACCACAGAGGUGGAGAACAUCGACCACAUGCAGGCCUCGGUCUGCCGUACCCUCCUCAAGUCUGCCUGUGUGGAGAUGGGGGUGCAUGAUGUGAAUCACCUGUUACCUGCCCUGAAAUCGAGGCCUAGAGAAGCAAACUCAAUUCAUCUGGAGAAGGUCCUCUGUGAUGUGAGUGCUCUGCUGGCCAGUCCCAGGGCGCCGCUGCAGCUCCUGAGGCAGAGGCCGAGUAGGCAGCCCCUGGACCAGGCCUCCCUGCCCGGGGAGCACCAGGGCAUCCUGGCCACUCUGGAGGUUUGGCGGGAGCAGCUGGCAUCUCUCAAGGAACUGCACCACUCUUUGACGAAGCUGGUGAAGCGUCUGCUGCCGUGGCAGGUGUGUGAGGAGGCCGCUGCAGAGGGCGUGAGGGUGGAGGACCUGCAGCUGCUGGUGGACACUCUGCUGGAGGAGACGGCUCCUGCAGACAAGGUGCUCUGCAGUCCCACCAAGAACACACUGCUGUCCAUGGUGACCCACUUCCAGAAGCUGUUCGACGUCCGCUCCCUGAGGGGUGUGUACCCACGCAUGAACGAGGUCUACACACGACUGGGCGAGAUGACCAACGCCAUGAGGAACCUCCGGGAUGUUCUGGACAUUGAUGAAAAAGCCCCGCCCAGCGAGGUGGUCAACCAGGUGGCCAGAAUAGCCUCCCCUACUGAAGCCUUCACCACUCAACAAGUACACAGCCUGCUAGAAACAAACGACAUCGACAGUAUUAUUUUAAGACUGAAGGAGCAUGAGGAGUUCUUUCCGACUUUCCACUCCCUAGUGCUGGAGCUGCUGCAGACACUUGAUGUCCAGAGGAUAGAUGACAUUGUGCCUGCACUGAGGGUGCUGAAGUCCAGGGUCCUCUGAUUGUUUGUUUGUGUGCGUGUGCGUGUGUGUGUGGGUUUUGUAUAUUUAUAAAUAAAAUAUUAAC